AUGUGGGUCCCUUCUUCAUACUUUUUGGGAUUACUUGACCGUGCAGCCAUAAAGCAGUCGGCGGACACGACAACAGCAUGGAACACGUGCACCGUCACGCAAGUCGAGGAGACCAAAAUCCUAAUCCGCAUGAUUCCCAUCAUCUUCACCACCUUCUUCAUGAACAUCUGCCUCUCCCAGCUCCAAACCUUCUCCAUCCAACAAAGCAACACCACAAACCGUAGGAUCGGAAACUUCCAGAUCCCCCCAUCCUCCGUCGGCGUCAUCCCUCUCCUAUUCGUAUUCCUACUGAUCCUACUCUACGACCGCACGUUCGUCCCAUUGGCCAGAAAAAUCACGAGAAACCCAAACGGCAUCACGCAGCUCCAGAGAAUCGGGGCCGGCCUUGCGCUCUCGGCCUUAUCCAUGGGGGUCGCAGGUCUCGUGGAGGUGCGCAGGAAAUGCCUAGGCCUAGGCCAGCAGCGGAUGACCGUCUUCUGGCUGCUCAUCCAAUACGCAGUUUUCGGGGUGGCCGAAGUGUUUGUGCUCGUGGGGCUCCUGGAUUUCUUCUACACCGAGAGCUCGUCCGGGAUGAAGUCCCUGGGGACGGCUAUCUCCUGGUGCUCGUACGCGUUUGGCUACUACGGGAGCUCGGUUGUCGUGAGCGUGGUCAACAGGGCCAGCGAGGGGUGGCUGGCAAAUGCUGAUUUGAAUAAGGAUAGAUUGGAGUAUUUCUACUGGCUUCUCGCGGGGCUGAGCACGCUCAAUCUCGGGGUCUACUUGUUGUGUGCGUCGUGGUACAGGUACAACAAGUUAAAGUUGGAGGUGGUGAGACCAAGGGAUUCUUGUUAA